UCCCUCUGCCCGCCACAACAACAACAACACGACGCAAAAGAAUAUUUUGAGCGGAUGUGCGUGCUAGUGUGUGGGUGUGCGAGCGAGAUAACAUGCAGUUUGUGUUGAAAAAUAAAAAUUAAAAAAGAUGCCGAGCAUUUAGAAAAUAAUUUAAACGCAACCACUUUUGAAACGGACUUCAGCUGGGUAACUCGUGCGGCAAACUGAACCUGAACCGGCAGAGGCAGCAGGAACAGGAACAGGAGCGGGAGCAGCGGGAACAGAGGGAUUGGCGACCACCUGGCCAAAUGGGUGGCAACAGCACUGGGGCCAAUUCGAGCGCCUUUAGCGCCGGCGGAUACAUUGGGCCCACGUCGGCCAGUAGUCAUCACAGUCUGGGCACCUCAUCUGCGGCAGCAGCGGCGAUUGCCGGUGGCAGUGACCUGAUACCCGCACCAAUUGGCACGGGUAACGCCAUGGGGGUGUCCUCGUACGCCUACGGAGGAACCAGUUGGGAGGAAUUCUGCGAACGACACGCCCGAGUGGCCGCAUCGGAUUUCGCCAAGGCCUGCAUCACAUACAUCAAUGGCAAUCUGCCGCCGGAGGAGGCCAGGAACAUCCAGCAUCGUAGCUUUGCCCAGAAAUUCGUCGAAUCCUUUUCGGCACACUAUGACACGGAGUUUUUCAAGCGGAGAAGUACCCUGAAAUCGGGUGUGGGAUCGCUGGAUCUCGAGGAGGAACACGAAGGCCCACGAUUGCUCUCAAAGUCGCUGUUAAGAAGACUUUCCUUCAAGGGACUUCGCAAGGGAAAGAUCUCUCUGCUGCAGGCUUUCUUCCACAAGAACUCGGAUGACGCGGACGGCAGCGGUGGGAGCGGCAAGCAGAGUAAGACGAAGCUGGCCAAAAUCGUUGUGGAGUGCCGCAAGGAGGGCACGGUGAACAACCUGACGCCGGAGAGUCUCGACCAGCCGACGGGCUCCCAAAAGUGGGAGAAAUGCCGCCUGGUGUUGGUCAAGGCCGUGGGUGGCUACAUGCUGGAGUUUUACACACCCCACAAGGCGACAAAGCCGCGCAGCGGAGUCUUUUGUUUCCUCAUCUCCGAGGCACGCGAAACCACGGCGCUUGAGAUGCCAGACAGGCUGAACACGUUCGUCCUGAAGGCGGACAACAACAUGGAGUACGUGAUCGAGGCGGAAAGCGCCGAGGAGAUGCGCAGUUGGCUGGCCACCAUACGCUACUGCAUGCGAACGCCGCCCACUCAGCAGCCACUGAUCGAAUCGGAUGGCGUGAUGGCGUCCGCUAUGCAAACAUCGCCCACAAAUCCGAUUCCCAAUCCCAUUGGGGGCAUACAGAACCCGCAGUACCAGCAGCAGGGUGGCUCCAAUGGCAAUCUGGUCGGUGGAGGAGGAGCUCCUCUCGCCUCAUCCCUAUCAGCAGAUAGUGCUUUGGGCCAGGGAGGAGCCACGUCUGCCAGCGAAUUGAAUGUCAUCAACGAACUGGGCACCACACCGCCCUCCGGUCCACCAGAUAUACCCGUGAGACCCCAUCGAGGUGAACAGCGCCUGUCCGCCUCCAGUAACUUUGAUGGAAUCGAGGGCACUGAAAACGACGCGGAUGUGGCGGAUUUGACGGCUGAGAUGAGCGUGUUUCCCUGGUUCCACGGCACACUGACACGAUCGGAAGCUGCCCGCAUGGUUCUCCACUCGGAUGCAGCCGGACAUGGAUACUUUUUGGUCCGACAGAGCGAAACGCGCCGCGGAGAGUUCGUGCUGACGUUCAACUUCCAGGGACGAGCCAAGCAUCUGCGGCUCACCAUCUCGGAGAAGGGUCAGUGCCGGGUGCAGCACCUGUGGUUCCCCUCGAUCCAGGAGAUGCUCGAGCACUUCCGCCACAACCCGAUACCCCUGGAAUCAGGUGGCACUUCGGAUGUGACCCUCACGGAGUGGGUGCACUCGCACAGCAGACUGAACGAUCCCACGGGUGGCGGUGGAGCUCAUGAUACCGGGCAACUCAACGAUCUGUCGGCCAACGGGAAUGGAAAUGGGAACGGAAAUGGCUACGAUAAUGGCCAGGGAUCAGCAUCGGCAUCGAAUGCGGCAGGAGCUGCAUCGGGAGCUGCUGGCGGGGGCCAUCCGUCGCCGAGACAUUGCAACGAAGUGAUUACCAUGAAUCUGAGUGUUCGCCUAAAGACAAAUGAAAUCGAACUGCCACAGGAGCCAACACACGUCUAUUUUCCGGAGCAAGUCUAUUUCCAUUUGGAUCCCACAACGCUAACAGUGCACGGAUCACCGCCAGCGGCCCAGAAUUUUCUGGACCAGCCGCAUCUGCGGGCCUCGAACGCCUCCCUUCAGGCAGCCGCCCAUCACCCGGCGGGCUCCUCAUCCGGCAAUCGGCAUCCCAGCGAUGGUGGCAACAACAGCGGAGGAAAUGGAGGCGGAUCGGGAUCCAGCGGGGGAGCCGAAUGCACCGGACGGGCCGUCGAUAAUCAGUACAGCUUCACCUAAGUCCGCUCGAUCGCUCGGUCCUCAUCUGCAUUUCGUGGCUUCCCCAGCGGAACUUUACUUUUGUGCCAUUUUUUUUUUAUCAUUGUCCUGAGGGAGACUAAAUUUGUGUUUUUCGCUUUCUUGAUUCACUUGUUUCGAUUUAAGUUAGUACCUCUUUUGGAAGACAUGAAGUAACUGAAUAUUAUGUAUACAUUAUAUAGCUAAAUGUGUGUGUUCAUUUUAAGUACAUAAAUGUUGUAUGUAUAGAAAAGAAAAACCUAAAAAAAAAACGCAAACGAAAAA